AAAAUAUCUUCUGGAUUCUUCUUCAAUACGCCUCUUCCCAAUUUUUGUUUAUCAUCUCCGUGCAGCUUCAACUGCAACAAAGCCAACUUCCGAUCAUCGGUGAUUCGAAAUGUCGAAGAAAAGAGGUCUUUCCUUGGAUGAGAAACGAGAGAAAAUGCUACAGAUCUUUUAUGAUUCACAAGGUUUCUUCCUUCUUAAGGAACUUGAAAAGUCGGGCCCUAAGAAAGGUGUUAUCAGCCAGUCAGUGAAAGACGUUAUCCAAAGUUUGGUGGACGAUGAUCUUGUGUUUAAAGACAAGAUAGGGACUUCUGUAUACUUUUGGAGUCUGCCUAGUUGUGCUGGGAACCAGCUGAGAACUGUCUAUAGAAAGCUUGAGACUGAUCUCCAGAACAAUAAUAAGAGGCACACUGAACUUGUUGAACAAUGCAAGGCCUUGAAAAAGGGACGUGAAGAAUCUGAUGCACGAGAAGAGGCCUUGAAUGAGCUGAAAGCUAUUGAACAAAAACAUAAGGAACUUAAGGAAGAGUUGAUGCAGUACGCUGAUAAUGAUCCUGCUACUAUUGAAGCAAUGAAGAAGGCGAUUGAAGUUGCCCAUUCAGCAGCUAAUAGAUGGACAGAUAACAUCUUCACAUUGAGACAAUGGUGUUCAAAUAACUUCCCCCAAGCAAAAGAGCAACUUGAUCAGCUAUACAAUGAGGUCGGAAUAACAGAUGACUUUGACUACUUAGAGUUGCCAGCAGUGGUUCCUCUUGCAGUUACUGAGGGUGAACUUUAAUUGUCUGUAAGCUAGUUUGACAUAUGCUUUCCUUGUGUUCUUUUACCUUUUAUUAUGUUUGUUCU